ACUAGUUUAAACAUAGCCAUUACCAGUGAGAGACCAGCAGCAGCAUGCGUAUCGUUAUAGCGUUCAUCACCUUUGGUCUGCUGGCCGUUGGUGUCAGUGCCCAUCGUCGGUUGCCCAACAUCGAUUGGUCGCAAGUGAAACCGAUUGAAGAGUUCGAUCACUACUGGCAACGUCUUCCAGCCCAUGUGCAAACAUUGCGCUACAGUCAUCCUGGCAAACGUAUCAUCGGUGGUUCGGAGGCCUAUCCUGGACAGUUUCCGUAUCAGGUUGCACUUCUUAGCAACUUCUCCCAGGGCACGGGUUUGUGCGGUGCAACGAUCAUCACGGAGAAUUACAUUUUGACCGCGGCUCACUGUGUCCUCGACAGUGAUCGUGAGCUCGCUCUCGGUGGUAUUGCCAUCCUUGGGGCCCAUGAUCGAUCCGAAGAGGAAGAAUCACAGCAGAGGAUUGAAUUUCCUCAAUCCUGCAUCACCGCUCACUCGCGCUACAAUUCAUUCACGAUCCGUAACGAUAUCGCUACCGUUCGGCUACCGAUUCCUGCUGUCUUCAAUGAUCGCGUUCAACCGAUCGCUCUCCCUGCACGUUCCGAUCAUAGUGACUUUGCUGGAUUACAAGGAAUCGCGUCAGGAUUCGGACGUACCUCAGACUAUAACCCGAUUCCAUCGCGGGUGUUGAUGUUUACGAUCAAUCCGAUCCUCUCAAACGCCAAGUGCAACGAAUUCUGGUCUACGGAUCUGGUCUCGGAGCAGAAUAUCUGUUUGAGUCCGGCCGGUGGAACCUCUUCCUGUAACGGUGAUUCCGGUGGACCGUUGGCUGUGGUUGUGGAGGGAGAAAGUGUUCAGGUUGGCAUCACCUCGUUCGUUUCGGCCGCUGGUUGUGCCUCGGGAGCACCUCCAGUUUGGGUACGCGUAUCGCACUAUCGGGACUGGAUCGAGGAAAAUUCGGACUACGUAUUUGCCUCCUAUUGUGUGCCGCUGCUGCUGCUGUUGCUUGUAGUUGGACUAACGAGUGGUGAGACAACGGAGCAAAAGGCUGCCAUCGAUGGUGAGAUAGAUUGGUCGAGCAUACGGCCGAUCGAGGACUUUGAUCACUACUGGACGCGAUUGCCGGCGGAGUUACAAAAGUACCGCCACGCCGUUAUCGCCCGCAAAGCCGUCACGAAUGGCUUCGUGGCUAUACCGGGCCAGAUCCCGUACCUCGCGUUGUUACUUCCGGAGUUCACCAUCGGAACGACCCUUUGUGGUGGCACUAUCCUCACUAACAACUACAUUCUGACGGCGGCUCACUGUGUGGCGUUGUCACCGUUAGUUCUGGCUACCGGUGGUACGGCUAUCCUGGGUGCUUACGAUCGAAGCAUCGUCGAACCGGAACAGCAAAGAAUUCGUUUCGAUACAUCCGGCAUAACGGUCCAUCCCGGGUAUACGCCGUUAACGCUGCGUAACGACAUAGCCACGGUACUGCUCAACACACCCAUCAGCUACACCUAUCGCAUACAACCGGUCCGUUUGCCUACACUCUCCGAUACGCGCACGUUCGCCGGCAUGUUGGGCACGGUGUCUGGAUACGGGCGUACCUCUGAUACGGGUUCCACCUCAAACUUUGUGCGUUACACCUCGAACUCGAUCCUGUCGAACGGCGACUGUUCGAGCUUUUGGCCUACGCCUUACCUGUCGCCCGAGAAUGUUUGCAUGAGUGGCGCUAACGGACGGUCACCCUGUUUCGGGGAUUCGGGCGGCCCACUAACGGUGAGCACCGUGCUAGGACCGCUUCAGGUGGGCAUCGUAUCGUUUGGUGAUUCUGCCGGAUGUAGCAUCGGUAUACCGUCGGUGUACGCCCGUACUACCUACUUUUUGCAGUGGAUACUGGACAAUUCUAACUACUAG